GUGUGUGUGCGCGCGUGUGUGUAUUUAAAGUCGUGUGGAGUCUCUCUACAGUCUCAGUGCUGAAGACUGAAGAUAAGAAGAUGAACAGAGAGAUGCUUUAUACUGCAGUCAUCGUCCUCCUGCUGCCCAUCAGCUCUCAGGAUGGAGUAGACGGAGUGUUCAAGGUUCCUCAAAUCAGGGUGAUGGUCGAGGAAGAGGAGGCGGACAUCCUGCUGAAGUGUUUACCCACAAUCCCCGGUGCUACAGACUUCACACUCCGCUUGGCUAACGACUCCGCUCUUCCCCCUGACCUGCGCUUCACAGCUGAUCUCUCUCGGGGAAUUGUGAUCAGAGCUGCGAGACUCAGCUACAGAGGAGAAUACGUCUGCAGCGUGCGAGUGAACGCGACACGCCGAGAUUCCUCCGUGUUUCACGUCUCUGUCACUAAAAGAGUGCGCUUCCCUCCAUCCGUGUCCGUGGAGGUGGACGAGUGUGUCCGAGUCUCUGGAGAGAAGCUGCAGCUCACCUGCCACACCAGCAACCCUGAUCACACCUUCAUCACCAAGUGGCAUCACUCCGGCAAUCAGACACUUUGGGAUGAGAAGACGACGAAGGUGAAUGGGGACAUGGUUCAUGUGAUGAGUGUGGUCACUCUUCCUCAUGUGACCAAGUCUGAUGCCGGCAAUCUGACCUGCAUCACCAUAAACAAAGUGGGAAAAAACACCGCCGUCAUCUCACUGCGAGUCGCAGAGAAGCCAUACGUGUCUCUGACGCCACUGAAGCCAAGGGGACUAAAGCCCACGGUGGAGGUGAUGGAGGGGGAGACGCUGGAGCUGAGGGUGGAAGUUGACGCUUAUCCCCCUAUCCAGGAUGGGAGGUGGAGCACACCGCAGGCUACAAACUCCACCUACGUGAAGACGCUCUCCACCAUCCACAAGAGUUACAGAAAAGUGGCUUCACUUUUCAUACAGAGAAUCAGAGUGGACGAGAGUGGACAGUACAGCUUUAAUGCCACGGGUGCCAAUAUUAAUGCCAUAACUCACUUUAAAGUCUAUGUCUUCCAAAAGCCGCAUGUCAUGCUAAAUCAGGUGAACGGGUCUUUAAUCUGUGUGUCCUCGGGUUAUCCAGCACCAGCUGUUUCCUGGCUGCAGUGUGAGAAAGUCCACAACAUAUAUGAUGGCUGUGACAGAAACACAUCAUCUGUGGAUUUACAGAGUGAAGAACACCUACUGCAGACACAGGAUGAUUUCCCUCCUCACACAGUGCUGAGUGUGUUACAGACUCGCCUCAACUACUCCGUGGUCGAGUGUGUGGCAUUGAACGCAGUCGGAGUUGGGCGGAGCUUCAUCACAUUACCUCCACCACUGCUCUAUGUUUCUCACCCUCAACCUGAUCUCUGGACAUCUCAGAUUUUCCUCACCAUCAUCACAGCAACCUCAGUUACAGUUACACUGCUCUUCAUUUUGUUGGGGGUUUGUGUGUACAGGUGUACACAGACACCGAAAUAUGAGAUCCGGUGGAAAAUCAUUGAGGUGAUUGAUGGGAAUAAUUACACCUAUAUUGACCCCACACAGCUUCCCUACAACACGAAGUGGGAGUUUCCCCGAGACAGACUGACAUUCGGUAAGGUCCUGGGCUCUGGAGCUUUCGGUAAAGUGGUGGAAGCGACGGCGUUGGGUCUGGAGAAGGACGAUGAUGUCACUCAGGUGGCCGUGAAAAUGCUGAAGUCUAGCGCUCACUUGGAGGAGAAAGAAGCUCUGAUGUGUGAGUUGAAGAUUCUGAGUCAUCUCGGUUCUCACACCAACAUCGUCAACCUGCUGGGAGCCUGCACACAUGGGGGUCCCGUGUUGUUAAUCACAGAGUUCUGUAGUCACGGUGAUCUGCUCAACUUCCUGCGCAGGAAAGCACCAUCUUUUAUUAUCUCAGUGUUUCACACACAGCAGCUCUCAAACAUCUACAGGAACCUGGUGGAGCAGCAGAACCACCAGAUCAACAGUUACAUGGACAUGCAGCAGGGUCAAAGUUCAAGAGAGUGUACACACGGAGGAGAUAGAGGAGCAGGAGAUCCAUCAGCACUGAACAUCCAGCACCUCCUCCAUUUCUCCAAUCACGUGGCUCAGGGCCUGAACUUCCUUGCAUCCAAGAACUGUAUCCACAGAGAUGUUGCGGCUAGAAAUGUCCUGGUGUCCGACUCUCUGGUAGCUAAGAUCUGUGACUUCGGUUUGGCGCGUGACAUCAUGAAUGACGCCAACUACGUGGUGAGAGGAAACGCGCGCCUGCCGGUGAAGUGGAUGUCUCCUGAGAGUAUAUUUGAGUGUCUCUACACGGUACAGAGUGAUGUUUGGUCCUACGGGAUUCUGCUGUGGGAGAUCUUUUCUCUCGGGAGAAAUCCUUACCCAGACGUGGUGGUCGAUGCUCGCUUCUACAAGAUGAUCAGAUGUGGGUAUCAGAUGUCGCAGCCAGAUUUCGCUCCUGAUGAGAUGUACAAAAUAAUGAGGAUGUGCUGGAGUCUUGAGCCGACCUCCAGACCGACCUUCAGAAACAUCGUCCAGAUGAUCAGCGCUCUGCUGCCUGAAACCUCUGAACAGCAGCAGCAGCAGUAUGAGAACAUUCAGCAGGAACUCACACAGAGGUUUGAGUCGAUGGAGCGUGUUACCGACAAAACCAACGAGGAUCAUCGUGACAAAACACCGGAAGAACAGCGUCCACUCACACACUCCAACAACUACCAGCUUUACUGAAGUUUAGUGUUCACUCGGAACUCUGGCUAAGCUCAGAGUAAAGGGUAAACGGCAGUUAGCAUUAGCAUUAGCAUUAUCCCGAUGAAGCAGACAGGUGUGAUAAAGCGCUGAGAGACACAGUGACAAGGGUUCCAGGUGAAUUUGAGUGAUUAAACACAGCCAGAUGUGACCCAGCUCAUGAUGUAACAGAAGUGUGUCCAGACAGAGACGCUUCAGACCUUUCAGUCCGAACUUUAUUCACUUCAUGGAUCAAAAUCUAAACGCUGUUAUUAUAAAAAUAACAUUUUUCUUAAAACUGUAAGAUUUUGUUAUUUCAGAUAUGUUUGUGACUCCAGGUUUGAUUUGUAUUUAAAAAGAGAUGAACAUGUUUAAAGUGUGUUUAUGUGUGUGUGUGUGUGUGUGUGUGUGUGUGUGAAACUGUGGAGUCCUGAGUCAGAUCGCCCCAUGUGAUUAAACCCAGCGGUCAGCUCAGGGUCAGCCACUCUUUAUAUCGCAUUAAUAUUCUGAUGUAGAGGUUUAUACACUUACAGCAAAGUGUGUGUUUUUUCCACGUCUCUAUUUACUGCACUUAACUUUAACAAACUAAAUAAAUAAAGAUUU